AUUGAUCGUAACAACUGUAACAACUAAUAGAAGAGAGAAUGGGGAAAAAUGUGAACCUCAGAAGUAAGGAUUGGCAGUUUCUCAUGAUUCUCGCUUGCACUCUUCUGAUAUCAAUUUCAAUGGAAAGUGCAAGUGGAAGCAAUGGUCAACUCACAGAAUUCCAUUAUAAAUACAAAUGUGUAAAGCAAUGUUCUAAUCCUGAUGACCUCAUAUUUUGCGCUGAUGCCGCCUAUAAAGUUGCUCUGUUAGGCUCAUCAGCACGUAUAAAUUGCUCAGAUGGUCAGACUGGAACAAAAAAAAGAACAUGUGAAACAAGUGAAGCUGGUGUGAAGUUUGGAGAAGUGGAAGACUUUUGUGUUUCACAUCAAAUCAACAAUAUCCUGCAGUCAGCUCAAAAUUCAACAGAAGUUGCAAAGCAGCUUCCCACGUUGGUGAAAUCGUUAGCCAACAUUACAGAAAACUUGGACAAUACAACACCUGGAAACCUUGCAGCCUCACUUGAUAUCCUCAAAGUCUUUUCAUCAGCCAAUGUAAAAAGUGUGUCUGAAUCUACAGUGGAGACUUUUCUUUCAGUAGUAGAUUCUCUGGUUGAUGAUUCUGCAUUGACAGCCUGGACCUCAGUGCAAAAUGAAAAGAAUGAUUCCAGCUCUGAAUUAUUAAAGUCAAUAGAAGGCUUUACCAGAUUAUUGUCACCAAACAAUCAAACGUUCAACAUCAUAAAGCCAAAUAUUCAGCUGAAAGGCAUUAAGGUUGCACCUGGCAAGAAUUAUGAUAUAGAAUUCAAUGAUAUCAAAAUCAAAAAUAAGUCUAUAACAAAUACUGUAUACAUGGAUAAAAGCAAUCUGGAGAAAUUAAACAAGGACUCUCUUGUUAUGAGCAUUGCAUUACCAACAAUGAAUGAUAUCCUAAAAGAACCUCCAGGCAGCCUCAAAUUGAAUGGUCUUGUGAUGUCAACAACUGCAGAAAAUAGCAACGUUUCUAUAAAGAUGUACUUCAUGCCAUUAGAUACCACACUUAACCAAUCAAGUGCACAAUGUGUGUUUUGGAAAUUGGAAACUGGAAAAUGGGAAUCAUAUGGAUGCAAGCAUGAAUUAAGUGGAAGCUCUGUUAUAUGCACUUGUGAACACCUGACAUCCUUUUCUCUGCUGAUGUCCAAAGAAGCUAAACAACUGAAGAAUACCCAAACUUUUAACACUAUAACCAAGAUUGCUCUUGGCGUAUCUCUGGCAAGUUUGAUAAUCAGCAUUCUUAUAGAAGCAAUUGUAUGGAUGGAUGUCACAAAAAAUAAAACCUCACUUGCCCGACAUAUUGCAAUUCUGAAUAUUGCGCUGUGUCUACUUGCCCUGGAUAUACUUUUUAUUGCACAUGACUUUCUGAAACCAAAGAACUUGAAGUGUACGGCAGUCAUUUUUUGCCUACACUUCUCCUUUCUUGCCUUGUUUUUUUGGAUGUUCACUCUCGGCCUGCUACUUCUUUACCAUUUAGUUUUUCUUUUCAAAGAACUCAGCAGAUCAUUUAUGAUGCUAACCUCAUUUAGCCUGGGCUAUGCAUGCCCGCUUGUAAUUUCUGUCAGUGCGUUUGCUUAUGCCCAUAUAAGGAAGCAAUAUACUGCAAUGGACAAGUGCUGGAUCAAUAAAGAGAUUUUAUACCUUCAGUUAAUUUUUACAUACGUGCCAUUGGCCAUCGUUGGAAUCAACUUCUUCAUUACGAUAUUUGCCAUAGUUAAGAUAUUGCGACCAGGCAUCGGAGAGAAGGCAAGAAACAACCUAAGUGAGAAAAAUUCAGUCAAAAAAAUUUUAAGGUGUAUUAUAAUUCUAACUCCACUCCUGGGUCUCAGCUGGAUACUUGGAUUCAUGCUUCUGGAUAAAUUUUCUCAUGAUGCUUUACGUUAUUUAUUUGAUAUUCUCAAUGGGCUUCAGGGAUUUUUUGUGUUGCUUUUUGGGAUAAUCAUGGAUGAAAAGGUACAAGCAGCUCUGAAAAAAAGAAUACUGUCAAAAACUCCCUCACAAAAGUCGCUUACAGCGACCAAUUCAACUUCAAGUUCAAAUACUUACUGAGCACCUAGUCUGAGAUAUUGUCAAAUAAAAGGAUUGCUUAAGAAAUCACUUAAUAUUUACACCCUGGAGUUCAAAGUAUGUCGCAGGAUCAGAAUCAAAAAACAAACAUGUAUAUUUGGUGAAGUCGCUCAGCUCUCUGCAUGGAAUAGCAUCACUAUUUCAGGGGAGAAUGGUGAUAACUGGACAACCCACCACCAUCUCCCACUCACAGUUUCUGAGUGUCUAUCAUUCUUUUAGAAACUUCUUAUUUUGAAUUUUUGCAAAUACAAAAUAUUCAAUUAUAUACACAAGUAGGCUGUGAAUAGUAGAUAAAAAUGCAAAUAAAAACUAAGGAUAUAAAAAAAAUCCAGUGUUCUAUAAUGGAUCUGAUGAAUUUCUAUUUAAAAGAUCAUAGAUUUCUUCUACUGAAUUUUGCUGUUAUGCUAUUGACCAGAUGCUUUAGUUUAAAUAUAAUACUGCUUUAAUUAAUACAUUAGUUUUGAUAUUUUUUCAACUUCUGUGUUUUGCAAUCAAAGAUCACUGUGUAUUUUUCUGAAGCUGACCUCUCCAUAGUGAGGAUAACUAGUAAUUGCAGAAAGGGGAGGGAAUUGGAUAGACAGUCAAUAAUAUGACUAGUGAAUAGCAUAGAGAUAGGACUUCUCGAUUCUGAAUGUAACCUUCUGUCAAAUUUAGCAUGUGAUUUCAAUGUCAUUUUCAUUGUAACUUUUCUGACAUAAUAAGCAAGUGAGAAUUCUGUAAUUAAAAUAAACUGAAGCUGGCUAAGUUAAUUACCAGAAAAGUAUAUAUUUUGCUUCAAUGAAUAGAUUAAAAUAUUCUUAUGUUUCAUUAUGUUCAAUUCAUUUGUAAUGAUUGUGCUCUAUUAGUGAACUAAUGUUACUUUAAUGGAUUAAAAAUAAAGUUCAUGU